AUUACUGCAACAGCUGGAGAAGACAUCACUUUGCCAUGUCACCUGGUACCUGGAGAAAAUGUUGCUGCGAUGACUUCGGAGUGGACAAGACCCGACCUGGACCCCAGAUUUGUGUUUCUGUGGCGUGCAGGUCAGGACCUCAUAAAUAUGAAAAAUCCGUCCUACAAAGGUCGGUCAUCAUUGUUCACUGAUGAACUGAAACAUGGAAACAUUUCACUGAAACUAUCCAAAGUAAAACCUGCAGACGAGGGCAGAUACAGAUGUUACAUCCCAGACAAGAAUGAAGAAGCUUUUAUUGAUCUUGUGGUCGCAUCAGGUGCUGUCUCCUCACCUGUCAUCAGCUUAUCAAACCUUGAUAAAGCCAUCAGUGGAGUGGUUUUACAGUGUGAGUCUGCAGGCUGGUAUCCAGAGCCUGAGCUGCUGUGGUUGGACGGUGAGGGAAACCUCCUCUCUGCUGGACCUACAGAGACCCUCAGAGGUCCUGAUGACCUCUAUACUGUCAGCAGCAGAGUGACUGUGGAGAAGAGACACAGCAACAACAUCACCUGCAGAGUCCAACAGAGGAACACCAACCAGAGCAGAGAGACACACAUACAUGUUCCAGGUAAAUAUGAAUACUUCCAGCUCAACUCCAGUUCUGCUGCUCCCAUUAUCAUUGGUGUGGUUGUUAGUUUGGCUCUAAGCAUCGUCUUGAUUUUAAUUGGAGUUUUUUUCAUCUGGAGACGAAACAAAACAAAUGUCUGGAAACCUCACUGCUUACAAAAAAAACAAGAAACAACAAAAACUGAACCAGACCAAGAGCAGGAGACGCUCAUGACACAGGACAUCGAGCCAUCUGGAGGCUCAUCAGCUCUCAAAAAACAUCAGCAACUGAUGGAGAAAAACAUGAAAGAGGAGGAAUCCAGUAAAAACGAGUUGGAGAAAAACCAACAUGCAGCUGAGGAGAAGCUGAAGGAGGAACAUCAUCACCUGCAGAAGAAACAUGCAGAGAUCAGCAACAUGAAGAAAGAAGAGGAAAACCAGGAAGCUGACAAGAUGUUGAAAGAUGAUAAAAAACAGGAUUUCCAGCAGGAGGCAAAACAACCAGAUAUCACAGAAGUGGAGAGGCCCCAGAACACCCCAGAGCAUGAGACCCCCAAAAGGACAAACACACAAACAUUUGUGGCCACGAAUCAGACAAGAGCAAAAGAGAGCGCUGGAAGGAGACCCCCAGCAGGCACAGAGCAGAAGCCCCAGGAGUCUGCGGUUACGAGCUCACAGGUUCAGCCUGCAGCCGACUGCACCACAGCAGACCGACCUCUGAGCCCAGAGACCCAAGAUCCAAGGGCCCUCCACACCCCAACAGGGGCCCAUCAGAGCCAGGGGGGCCAAACCCGACCAAGCAGCUGCCAGGAGGAAAAACAUGAAGCUGACAAAAAGUUGAAGGAGGAUGAAAAACAGGAUUUUCAGCAGGAGGAGAAAAAAACACCCACUAAGGAAUUUUGGAAACAGUUGGAGAAAAACCAACAUGCAGCUGAGGAGAAGCUGAAGGAGGAACAUCAUCACCUGGAGGAGAAACAUGCAGAGAUCAGCAACAUGAAGAAAGAAGACAAACACACGCACAUUUGUGGCCACGACUCAAACGAGAGCAGAGGAGAGCGCUGGAUGGAGACCCCAGCAGGCACAGAGCAGAAGCCCCAGGAGUCUGCGGUUACGAGCUCACAGACUCAGCCAGCAGCCGACUGCACCACAGCAGACCGACCUCUGAGCCCAGAGACCCAGGAUCCAAGGGCCCCCCACACCCCAACAGGGGCCCAUCAGAGCCAGGGGGGCCAAACCCGACCAAGCAGCUGCCAGGUACGGGGAGAAGGUGGCAGGAACCCAUAUCCUGACAAUGCUGAUGUGAUGUGUGAAGGCAUGUUGAUAUGGGAUUCUCCAGACAAGCUAAAGAUCGACCUCAUCAGCAGCACUGGAGAGCGCCACAGGCUAAAGUGA